GCAAUAAAUAGCAGCAGGUUCUUGACGCGAGGAAGACACACUCACACACUGCACUUCAGUAGUAGCAGUACGCUAGCUAGCUGCAGCUAGAGUAGAUAGAUAGACAGCUGCAGGACCGGAAGAUGGCAGCAAGGGCCACCGUCGUCGUGCUGCUCGCCGCCGCCGUCUCCGCAGCGGCAGCGAUGCCUCUGCGGAUGGAUAUGGACGACACUGGUCUGUCCCUGGACUUCCACGCGGCGUCGUGCCCGCAGCUGGAGGGCAUCGUGCGCGCUGCCGUGCAGGCUGCGCGCGGCCAGGACGUCCAAGUAACCGCCGGCCUCCUCCGCAUCUUCUUCCACGACUGCCUCCCUCAGGGGUGUGACGCGUCGAUUCUUCUGGACGGCGAGCGGGAUUUUGGGCCAAAUAGUUCGCUGCAGCCCCGGGCGCUGCAGCUCAUCGAGGACAUCCGCGCCAAGGUGCACGCCGCCUGCGGUCCCACCGUCUCCUGCGCCGACAUCAUCGCGCUCGCCACCCGCGACGCCGUCAGCCUGGCCGGAGGCCCAUCGUUCGCCAUGCCCCAGGGCCGCUCCGACAGCCUGAGGCCCGCUUCGAACGACGAGGUAGGCAUCCUCCCGGGGCCCUCCACCGACGUCAACACGCUCCUUGGCAUAUUCAGCCGUAAGGGCCUCGCUGACCCCGCCGACCUCGUCGCGCUCUCCGGCGGCCACACCGUCGGGAAGGCCAGCUGCUUCUUCAUCAGAUCGAACGACGACUUCUCCAGGCAGCUCGCCGCCAACUGCUCCGCCGGCCCAACCGGGAAGCAGAGCCUGGACGUGAUCACACCUGACGCCUUCGACAACAGGUACUUCGUUGCCCUGAGGAGCAGGCAAGGGGUGCUCGCCUCCGACCAGGGGCUGGCCGGCCACCCCAGCACGAGCAGUUUCGUCAACUCCUUCGCCAGAGACCAAGGCUCCUUCUUCGGCCAGUUCGGCAAGUCCAUGAUCAAGCUGGGCAGCAUCAAGGGGGCCAAAGGCGAGAUCCGCCGCAACUGCUUCAGGCCCAACGGCCGCGUCACCGCUGUUGAUGGUGCCGGCACCGGCGAAGAUGGCUUUGCAGCCUCUGCUUGAAGCUGAAGCCCGGCCGGUCCAUCGAGAGAUGCAUGGUUGCUGUUUCCUUCACUUGUUGUAUACUAGCAUCUUUAUCUCUAGCUAGCUAAUGAAGGUUGCUUUCGAUCGAUCUCUUCCUGUUAAAUUAACUAGCUAGCUUAAUUCCAUCGAUCGGCACCGGCCCUGUAAUAAUCGAUCGUCUAUCUACUCUAUCUAUAUGUCCGGCCUUGUAAUACUCGAUCGUUUAUCUACUGUAUCUGUAUGUCGCCCGCAGGUUUUCAUUAAUUUAGGGGUGGUCUCUCUAA